CUCGAAACUAAAAGAUGAAAAAAAACUCGUAUUGUUAAUUAACCAUGCUCUAUGGACGAUUGUUAGAGAGAAUGUCACGCGACUGUCACUCCAGGAGUGACCUUGCGUUCAAGCAGCGAGUCAAUCGCGCCAAUAUCAAAGUGUGUUGUUUUCCGUAUUCUAAAUCCAUAUCCUCUUAAGUUGUGGUAAUCUGCGAAGCAAUUUUGUCAACUGCUUUCAAUGUGUUGUUAGUCAGCUUAACGACUCCUGAAGAAUACAAGAUGGCAAUGAGUAGAGAAAUUCCCAUCAGUGUUCACCCCGAGUUUAGGAGACAAAUGACGGACGAGCAGGGAAAACCCCGCAUUUUCACUCGAUCUUCGAGUUUGCCUAGCCGACCGAAACUUAAUUUGGUUAGGGAGACUUUAAAUCCAAACGAGUUUCCUAAAGAAAAAGCUUCUAAGGAAGAUCACGAACAAACUGCAGCUGAAUCCCCGAGCCAAGGGACAAAUGCAACUAAAAGGAAUCAAAAUAACCCAUUCUGGAAAGCAAACAUGCCUGCAGAAUAUCCAAAGGUGAAACAUGGGCCGCGUAAACAAAACGCCUCCGAGGGAAGAGAACAAAGAAGAUAUUUUUUCACAGAAAAUCCGUUUAUCGGAGAUUUGGAGAAGGUGUUUGAAGAUCAGUACAACUCGGAUAGGCGUCCAUUGAAACUCGGAAGACGAAACACAUACAGUGCGGGCAGCUCAAGGGAAACCCAUCAUUCCGAGCCAACAAUUGGAAGAAAUUUUACGGAACGAAACAAAAAGGGAACUUCCUUCGACGUACCCAUUCAAGUUGAAUUCAAUGAUGAAAUAAAGAAUUUUGAUGAUAAGGAGAAGAAAAGCUCACCGAAACCCCAUCAUUCCGACCCAAAAACUGGAAGAAAUCUCACGGCACGAAACAAAAAGGGAACUUCGUUUGAAAUACCAAUUCACGUUGAGUUGGAUGAAGUAAGGGAUUGUAUUGAUAUGGAGAAUGAAAGCUCACUGGAACCCCAUCAAUCCGAGCCGACAUCAUUUGGAAAGAACUCUGAUAAUAGAAACAUUCAGGAAGCAUUUUUUGACAUACCCAUCCAAGUUGAAUUUGAUGAAGUAAAAAAUGGGAGGGAAAUCAAGGAUAAAGACCUUGAAGAAAACAAAGUGAAAGGUGAAAACAGCGUUCAUGACACAAAACAAACUGCCACGCCAGUUUUAGAAGUUAAUACCGAGCAAAGUGAACCUCCUGAUGUCGUAAGUUUCGAUGGAUUUGAGGAUUGUGACAAAGGUGAGAAAGAUAGAGAUUUAGACCAGUUCAAUUCUGAAAGCAAUGAAGAUACUGCCGGAGAAGGAAAUGAAGGCAAAGAAAAUACUCAAAAAUGUCAAGUAGAGGUAGAGGACGGUGAUCAAUCUCAGCGAGUGUUGUCUUCAUGUUUGCCACAAGAAUUUACAGAAGAAAAUGAGAGCAAGAACAAGCUGUUAACUAUUCAAAGCAUCCUAAAGAAAGCUGAAGGACUCGAGAGGAAGGUUGAUGCUUUUAGUGACAGCGGUAAGACCAAAGAAUAUCUAAUCCUGGAAGAGGUUCUUACGUGCUGCCUAAUCGAGUUAGACGGCAUUGAGACAAAUCGAGACGAGAACAUUCGCUUGGCUAGGAAAACAGCAGUACAACAGCUGCAGAAAACACUCGCACGUUUGGAGCAGAAGGUUUCAUGCAGAACUGUUGAAAACAGCGAGUACUGAAGAGAUAUAAGAUAAAUCUUCAACAUGGGAUCACAGUUUAAAAAUGAAGGAAGAAGCAACAGGCAAUCUACAAUCAUGGACAAAAGUCUUGGGACAAAUUUGCACUUUUGGCGCUUUUGCGUACACACC